AUGGCUCACCAAUUUCACAUCGCAGGCGCGAGCCACGCCCUUUUUGAUCCAUGGUCUCACGGGGUUGGUAUCAUGAGAGACGUCCUGACGCGAUGGUCCGAGCUCGACAUUACCCAGAUUGGCUCCCUCAUCGCCAUCGCUGGUACCAUCCCCACUGCCUGGAGAUUUCUGCAACACGUCUGGCGCGAGGCCUAUAUCUGCAUCAGGCGCUUCUUUCUCGCCUCCGUGAAUAUUCCUGGUGGUGACCCCGUCAACCGGAGCGUCGUGAAAUGGGUCCUCGCGAACCGGCCCCGGCACUACCGCUCAUUCACGGGACGCACCGAGGUCGGACGCGCCAACCCGGACCGCGCCGCCGCACUGAAGAAGACCCGCCACACGAUCCAAUAUAGCCCGCAUUGGGACGCGAGAUGGCUCUGGUUCGGUGGCAGUUUAUUGGUUGUCACCCGCGCCGUUGGGGAUUUCAGUUCCGCCUUAUCGGAUCCUAGCUACGAUGGCAUCGGAGGCGAGGACUUGACCAUUAGCUGCUUCGGCUGGUCUGCGGAGCCCGUGCAAGCCUUUAUCGAGACCUGCCGCGAGUACGCCGACAGACAGACUCAGUACUUCGUCAUCAUUUAUUCCCGCGAUCGCUAUGGCAUGUCAUGGAAGCCGAAAGCUCGCAAGCCCCUCCGUCACCUUGACACCGUGCACUUCGACCACGGCGUCAAGCAGGAGCUGCUAGCCGAUAUUAGGAACUAUCUGGACCCUAAGACACAAAUGCGGUAUCAGAGCCGUAGCAUGCCGUACCGUAGGGGCUAUCUCUUUUACGGGCCACCGGGGACGGGCAAGUCAUCCCUAUCCGUAGCUAUCGCUGGGGAGUUCGGACUAGAUCUGUACGAAGUCAAGAUUCCUAGUGUCGCGACGGACGCCGACUUGGAACAGAUGUUCCAGGAGAUCCCGCCACGGUGUGUUGUCCUGCUUGAGGACAUUGAUGCCGUUUGGGUAGAACGCUCGAACAACCAAGAAAGGAACGGGUACGGCAACGGGAACGGUAGGGCGCACUCGCCGGAAGGCAGCAACGUGCCCAACUGCACCCUUUCCGGCCUGCUGAACGUCCUCGACGGCGUCGGAUCCCAGGAGGGCCGCAUCGUCAUCAUGACCACCAACCGCCCCGAGCAGCUGGACAGCGCCCUGGUCCGCCCGGGCCGCGUGGACAUGAAGGUCCUUCUCGGCAACAUUAGUCGGAGGUCGGCGGAGGAAAUGUUCGUGCGCAUGUUCUCGCCCGAUCUGGGAUGUACAUCGCACCUGGACAUGGAGGAGAUUACGAAACUUGCGACUCAGUUUUCUAGCAAUAUACCAGAAGAGACUUUCACCCCUUCGCAACUGCAGGGCUUCUUCCAGGUGCACUUGGAGAGCCCGCGGGAUGCGGUAGAAACCAUCGGGGCUUGGGUAGGGAAGGAGCUUGCAAAGACUGAGUACAAGGAAUUUGAGUUUAUCACUGCAAACGGAAAGGCGUAG